GUCGACGGCAUUGACUCCAGCAUGCUGGGCCAGUACACCGCCACUAUCAAGAAGGUCAGGCCUGCUACACACACCGUCACACACACACACACACACACAUUGCUCCCCAGUUAAUACAACACCUUAGUCAAUAGAGUUUAUACAAAAUAUUCUAAAUCAGUUUUGUCACUUGUAUCCAUUUGCUCACAAGGUUUAUUUUUGUCUAUCAAUAUCUGUAUCAACUUUAUAUGGCUCAACAAAAUGGCUAAUGUGUCUGUCUGCAUUGAGCAGCUUCCAGUCCAUUUAUAAAUGAUCUAUAGACAAGAUGUCAUGAAUGCCUCUAGACCACAGUCAGUCAGCCCAGCUAACAAUACUUCUAGUGAGACGUUGUCUUUAUGUGAAAAGUCCUCCUUGUUCAGUGAGGUACAGAACCAGAAGUAUAGAAAUAUACGUAAUACGAUCUCGCCUUUUGAAAGAAGGACUCCUGUUGAAAAUACAUAUGUUUCUCUACCCUCUCUUAGAAGGGUUUCUUGCCAUCUGAAAAAAUUCCAUAUGCCUCUACUUUUCUUUAUUUGAACAUAUGGCCCUACUUUUCUCAUAUGUGCCUACUUUACUCAUAUGUGCCUACUUUACUAAACUUAAGCCUACUUAUGCCCUAAUUUAUACAGUAUGGGGUGGUUUCCAGGACACAGAUUAAGCAGCCUAGUCCUGGAAUAAAAAGCAAUCUUGAUUGAGAAUCUCCAUUGAAAGUGCUUUGUAGUCCAGGAUUUGGCUUUAUAUGUGUCCAAACCGGCCCUAUAUGCCUGUAUUUGAUCAGUAGCGAACUUGUCUCUGCCUCUCUCUGUGUUAGGCCAAUGUGAAUGGCCGGGUGCUGUCUCAGUGCAACCUGGAAGAGCUGAAGAAAGAGAUGAACAUGAACUUUGGGGACUGGCAGCUCUUCAGAGGCAUGGUAAGACAAAACCUCCAUCUCCGCUCUUAAAUACUCUACGUUCUUCUUUUAUUGAUUUGAUGUGUACUUUAAUAUCAGCAUCCAGAUUUUUAUUCACCGGAGUUGUGUUUUUGUGUGUAGUUUUUUUGUCUUCUUAAAAUCGGGGCAUCUUGAACCCUCUCUGGAGACAUUGGAGGACUUUAUAAUCCGUAUUACGAGAAAGUCUGCAGUCUGCUCCGUUCGCUCGGGGGGCUGGAAUCAGGAACACAUGUAGCUCGCGUUGAUCAGAUGUCCGUUUGAGCCUCCUUCCACAAACGAAUGUUGUGUUGCCAGAACAUCUGGUCCAAGAUGGCUGAGAUCUGGAUGAAGGAAGGUUAUUGUCAGUGGGAGCUGCAGUCAGCCAGUCUCCACGCAGUCGAGGGGUCUGGUUCUGAAAACUUUACGAGAAAUUGCAUUUACCAUUUUCUCCUCCUCGGAGCACAUCCCAAGCCAUCUGACGUGGAGACUGGAGCACUUAUCCCUACAAGCCCUGUAGAGUUGAACCGAACUUCGAGCAUCACCAUCAGUGGUGCCCUCUGUAUUGAACUAAAAUACUAGUAUUUACUUUGUGUUUGUAACCUAUUAAGAUGAUGGUGAUGUUUUGGCUUCCUACAGUAUCUAAUGGUUAUCAGGUAUAUUAUAGAUGCAGUGUUGUGUUGAGUCUAUUUCUAUUGGUUGUGUGUUGGCUCUAUAGAGUUAGUGGUUGUAUGUUGGGUUUCAUAGCUAGUAGUUAUUUCCUAUGUUGAUUCUAUACCUUGUAUUGUGGUGACAGGUUUGCUCUGGAACUGGUAGUAUAUUUGCCUGUCUAAAUCAUCUCUCUUCUCCCCUCUGUCUCCCAGGUGAUGGAGCAGCGUCACGGGGAGGGCCAGCGUCACAGGGAGGGCCAGGCCCUGCAAGAUGAGUCCCGUGCGGCCAGCGAGCAGGGAAGCAGCGUGGUCAACGUGGAGACGGCCAGGCGGCAGGGUCAGGGAGCUCCCCAUGAGGUGGGCGGCUACAGCUUGAACCUCAGCUUCGAGGAGCUCAGUAACGUGGGCCUGAGCCUGGAGGAGCCCACCCAGAGACACAGAGACACUACACAGCACUGGCCCGUGGUGAGGAGUUCAGCAUACACACACACACUCAGCGUGGGGAGUUGAACAUGCACACAUAUACAGUGGGGAGAACAAGUAUUUGAUACACUGCUGAUUUUGCAGGUUUUCCUACUAACAAAGCAUGUAGAGGUCUGUACUUUUUAUCAUAGGUACACUUCAACUGUGAGAGACGGAAAUCCAGAAAAUCACAUUGUAUGAUUUUUAAGUAAAUAAUUUGCAUUUUAUUGCAUGACAUAAGUAUUUGAUCAGAAAAGCAGAACUUAAUAUUUGGUACAGAAACCUUUGUUUGCAAUUACAGAGAUCAUACGUUUCCUGUAGGUCUUGACCAGGUUUGCACACACUGCAGCAGGGAUUUUGGCCCACUCCUCCAUACAGACCUUCUCCAGAUCCUUCAGGUUUCGGGGCUGUUGCUGGGCAAUACGGACAUUCAGCUCCCUCCAAAGAUGUUCUAUUGGGUUCAGGUCUGGAGACUGGCUAGGCCACUUCAGGACCUUGAGAUGCUUCUAACGGAGCCUCUCCUUAGUUGCCCUGGCUGUGUGUUUCGGGUCGUUGUCAUGCUGGAAGACCCAGCCACGACCCAUCUUCAACGCUCUUACUGAGGGAAGGAGGUUGUUGGCCAAGAUCUUGCGAUACAUGGCCCCAUCCAUCCUCCCCUCAAUACGGUGCAGUCGUCCUGUCCCCUUUGCAGAAAAGCAUCCCCAAAGAAUGAUGUUUCCACCUCCCAUGCUUCACGGUUGGGAUGGUGUUCUUGGGGUUGUACUCAUCCUUCUUCUUCCUCCAAACACGGCGAGUGGAGUUUAGACCAAAAAGCUCUAUUUUUGUCUCAUCAGACCACAUGACCUUCUCACAUUCCUCCUCUGGAUCAUCCAGAUGGUCAUUGGCAAACUUCAGACGGGCUUGGACAUGCGCUGGCUUGAGCAGGGGGACCUUGCGUGCACUGCAGGAUUUUAAUCCAUGACGGUGUAGUGUGUUACUAAUGGUUUUCUUUGAGACUGUGGUCCCAGCUCUCUUCAGGUCAUUGACCAGAUCUUGCCGUGUAGUGCUGGGCUGAUCCCUCACCUUCCUCAUGAUCAUUGAUGCCCCACGAGGUGAGAUCUUGCAUGGAGCCCCAGACCGAGGGUGAUUUGACCGUCAUCUUGAACUACUUCCAUUUUCUAAUAAUUGCACCAAGAGUUGUUGCCUUCUCACCAAACUGCUUGCCUAUUGUCCUGUAGCCCAUCCCAGCCUUGUGCAGGUCUACAAUUGUAUCCCUGAUGUCCUUACACAGCUCUCUGGUCUUGGCCAUUGUGGAGAGGUUGGAGUCUGUUUGAUUGAGUGUGUGGACAGGUGUCUUUUAUACAGGUAACUAGUUCAAACAGGUGAAGUUAAUACAGGUAAUGAGUGGAGAACAGGAGGGCUUCUUAAAGAAAAACUAACAGGUCUGUGAGAGCCGGAAUUCUUACUGGUUGGUAGGUGAUCAAAUGCUUAUGUCAUGCAAUAAAAUGCAAAUUAAUUACUUAAAAAUCAUACAAUGUGAUUUUCUGGAUAUUUGUUUUAGAUUCCGUCUCUCACAGUUGAAGUGUACCUACGAUAAAUAUUACAGACCUCUACACGCUUUGUAAGUAGGAAAACCUGCAAAAUCGGCAGUGUAUCAAAUACUUGUUCUCCCCACUGUACAUACACUCAUACAGACACACUGCAACACACAUCCAUAUGCACACACAGUACAUACAUAGACUCUGGCACUGUCUUCUGCUCAUAAGCACGGAUAAACACAUUCGCAGACACACAGACACAUACCAAGCCAUCCAAACAUCCUUAAAGCACAGGUCUAAGCAGUCACACAUCUACAUUUACUCAAGCAAUCAUUGGUUGAGGAAGUUGACGUGGCGGAAGGCAAGGCAGGGUGUUAGAAAAGCUGUUAUUUUUGUCCUCUCUGCUGUCAAAUAAAGCAUUGUAAAUUCAAAUGGCAGCGUCAUAACCACAAACUACAUGAGUUUGUGCUUUUUCUCACCCCUUCACCCAAACCAGUAACGUCCAUGACACGCUCGUUCCCCCCUCAACCAUAACAAAACCAUUUAACCCCAUUUUCCCCUCUUCUCCCCUCCCCUCCUCCUCCCCUCCGCCAGGCGGCCACCCACCGUACCCCCAGCACAUCCAGCCUCAACUCCCUGGAGUCGUCCAACGACAUCUGCAAGCUUACGGACAAGCAGCAGGCAGAGUACCGCGAUGCCUACCGCGAGUACAUCGCCCAGAUGACCCAGCUGGACGUGGCCGGAGGUGGGGGAGAGAAGCCUGUCCAGCCCCACCCGGGCCAGUUCCUCCAAAGCCGGGAUGCCAGAAACCCAGAGGAGAAUGCCAAAGACGGGUCCGAGAAGGAUGGCCGUAAGCCCUCUUUCCCUACUAAGAAAGGGGCUAAAGCCACGGACGUGGUUGACACUGAUGCACCCCUGGACCCCAUCAGCGAAGAGGACGAGAAGCUUGACGCCAGCGCAUCCAAAGCAGGCGGUUCCAAGGUAAAGGGACCAGGGCCUCGCUACCACAAGGUGCCCAGUGAGGAGGAGGAGGAGGAGGAGGAGGAGGGGUCUGGGCCGGAGGAAUCAGACAACACCCCUCUGCUCAAGGAAGGGGGUGCCCAAGCGCCCAGCAACAUUGCCCUGAACAAGAAGGACUUGUCCGACUCGGGGGUGAGGUCUGACGAGAGCUUCUCGGACCACUCCCUGAGGGAAGUGUUAGUGGAAGCAGAUGAGGAAGGGGUUAAUAAACCCAACCUGAUAGAGCUGGAACUGGAGGUUCUGGUCAAGAAGAGGGCCCUGCUGCCCAGCAGUCUGAGCGGCCUUCAGGAUUCCACCAUCACCCGCAUGUCCAUCUGCUCAGAGGCGUCCGAGGGCAGCCUGAUGGCCUCCAGUCCUGAUGAACCCUGGUUCACCUCCAGCUCCUCCGUGAGCAACCUCAACCGCGCCCCCAGCACCACCACGCUCAACAACAACAGCAACAGCAGCAACAACGCCGCAACCACCAACACUAUCCAAGACUUAGAGAGCUCCACCCCAGUCCUCAUCACCCCAGGCUCCAGCACCGACUCCACCUCCACCACGGGGCCCGUCCACAACCAGAACCUGAGUGGGAUCAUCCACAAGAGGGCCCUGGGGACCGGCGAGGCCCUCGCAGGCUGCACAGGGGCCCCUGACGCUAUCGUCUUGGAGGACGAGAGAGAGAGUGUCCUGUGA